UGUCUCGGCCGGCGGCCAGCUCCAGACAGAAGAGAAUCUGUGUUGUCGAAAAGUUUCAUUCAUAAGCCUCCACGACGACGACUAGACUCCACUUCCAGUUCCACUCCGCUUCAGCCCAGGCCAGGCUCUACAUAUAUAUCUCGCCUCACCUCAGCUCAACGCAGCCAGCCAGCCGAGCAGUCAAUCAAUCGAGCAAUCGAUCAAUCAACCGACCCUUCGACAAUGCCCUCCUCCUCCCUGUCCUCCUCCCCCUCACUAUCCAUCCAGUCUCCUCCUACACAUCUACACAGCAACCCCUCCGCUUCCGCUGCCGCUUCUCCGUCCAGCAGCGGCAACGCAGCACCGCUAGUUGUUGUGCAGAUCGAAAGGCGAGAGAGUGCGUGCAUGGCGAGGGAGGCGCAGUUGUUUUUCUUGCUGGGGUUUCGUGGGCGCGUGGAUGGGGAGAGUGGGAGGGGGGGUGUGGUUGUGGGGCUGGGGUGAGGGGAUGAGUGGGUGAGUCCGUGGAGAGCUGAGCUGGGCUGGAAAUGAGAUAUGGAGGAUGGGAUGGUAUAUAGUGGUAUGGGAAGGUGCUUUGCAAGGAGAUUUCGAAGAGGGGAGGAAAAAGGUUCGGAGGUGUGCGAAGAAGAAGAUGAAGGGAGUUUAUUGUUACCCGGGAAAAGAGGAGGGGAGAGCGGGGGGACGAGGUAUUUGAAUUAUCGUGGGGAGGCCUUGGUAUAUCGUCAAGGAAAUGGACGGCUGUGGGUAAUAUCGAAUCGUCCGGUUCAGAUUUUCACCCCUUCCUGCUUCUUGCUUUGGCAGCCUUCUUCUUCUGCUGCGCUUGUGUGCUCCUUCCAGGUCUUCAAAAGCAAUUGAGCGCAACUCAACCAACUCGCUAGAACGCUCAAAUGACGUAGGUAGCCGAAAUCAAAUCUCCCAACUUUACACUUUCUCUUUCUUUGGAUAUUUGCGUUAUCACCGGAACUCCAUGUACAACACCCACC